AUGCCUGAAGAACGCAACCCAAAUGGCCAACCUGCGAAUGGCAAUACAUCCGGAGGCAAUGCAUACUCGAUUGACUUGAACACCUUUAGUAAGAGAUUGCAGGCUCUUUACGCGCACUGGCGCAAUCACAAAGAAGAGUAUUGGGGCUCUUCAAAUGUUAUCACUGUUGCCACACCACCUCCUUCAGAAGACCUGCGUUACCUGAAGUCCUCUGCCCUCAAUAUCUGGUUGCUCGGUUAUGAAUUUCCGGAGACAAUCAUGGUCUUCGAGGACAAGCAUAUCCAUUUUCUCUGCAGCCAAAAGAAAGCAUCAUUGCUCGAGGUUGUGAAAAAGUCCGCUAAAGAGGCCGUCAAUGUGGAUGUAGUCAUGCAUGUUAAGCCAAAAAACGACAGUGGAAGCAGUCAUAUGGACUCCAUAUUACGUGCCGUCCGUUCACACUCAAAGUCGGACAAUCAUGAAUCCCCAAAUGUCGGGUACAUUUCCCGAGAAGCCCCGGAGGGCAAACUUCUCGAGCUGUGGUCUGAUAAGUUGAAAGAUUCAGGUCUCAUACUGAGCGACAUAUCCAGUGGGUUGUCCGAACUUUUCGCCGCGAAAGACAAGAACGAGAUCACUUGCAUAAGGAAGGCUGCCUACUUGACUGCCUCUGCAAUGAAAAACUUUGUGGUCCCGAAAGUCGAGAAGGUGAUCGACGAGGAGAAAAAAGUGACGCACUCCUCACUGAUGGAGGACACGGAGAAGGCUAUGCUUGACCCCGUCAAAAUAGGUGUAAAGCUCAAAGCAGAGAACGUGGAUAUCUGCUACCCUCCGAUCUUCCAGAGUGGGGGAUGCUUCGAUCUUCGGCCCAGUGCCUCGAGCAAUGAUGAGUAUCUGUACUAUGAUUCCUCUAGCAUCAUCAUCUGCGCUGUUGGGUCCCGUUACAACAGCUAUUGCUCCAACAUAGCCCGAACAUACCUUAUCGACUCGAACCCAACCCAGAGCAACGCAUACGAGGUUCUCCUCCGAGCCCAUGAGGCGGCCAUCCAUGCAUUGAAGCCCGGGAACAAGGCGAGUGCUGUUUACGAUGCUGCAGUCUCUGUCGUGAAGAAGGAUGCCCCCGAGCUUCUCCCCAAGUUGACGAAAUCGGCUGGGACUGGCAUUGGGCUAGAGUUCCGCGAGUCUGGGCUGAGCCUCAAUGCAAAGAAUGAUCGGGUGCUGAAGGCGGGUAUGUCUUUCAACGUCUCUCUCGGUUUCCUGAACUUGGAGGCCAAAACGAGCAGCAACUCCAAGUGCCAGACCUUCUCACUGCUGCUUGCAGACACUGUCAUCGUGAAUGAGGACAGCCGUGACGUUGUCACGUCGGCUUGCUCGAAAUUGCUAAAAGAUGUGGCGUAUUCAUUUAACGAGGACGAAGAGGAAGAAGAGAAGCAGCAGCCGAAGGCACGAGCCGAGUCGAGAGUUUCUGCUAAGGACGUAAUUUAUUCCAAGGCGACACUUCGGUCAGACAAUGGGGAGCUAUCGAAGGAGGAGCUGAGGAAGCAGCACCAGGCGGAGCUUGCUCGCCAGAAAAACGAGGAGACAGCUCGUCGCCUAGCUGGCGUGGACUCGGGCACUGGGGAUGGCCGUGCGGCCGUUCGGUCUUCCAACGACCUUAUCGCUUACAAGAAUGUGAACGAGCUGCCUCCACCAAGGGAGAUGAUGAUUCAGGUGGACCAGAAAAAUGAGGCCAUCCUCCUCCCGAUCUACGGCUGUAUGGUCCCGUUCCAUGUUGCCACUGUGAAGACUGUCUCGAGCCAACAAGACACUAACCGCAACUGUUACGUGCGGAUUAUAUUCAAUGUCCCCGGCACACCCUUCAGCCCGCAUGACGCUAACUCACUUAAAAACCAAGGCGCUGUGUACCUAAAGGAAGUCUCCUUCCGGUCCAAGGACUCGCGCCACAUCAGCGAGGUUGUGCAGCUGAUAAAAACGCUGAGGCGUAAUGUGAUGGCUCGCGAGUCCGAACGUGCCGAACGAGCUACCCUAGUGACCCAGGAGAAGCUCGUCCUCUCGGGCAACCGGUUCAAGCCGAUCCGGCUUCACGACCUCUGGAUACGGCCCGCGUUCGGAGGCCGCGCCCGGAAGCUUACCGGCACGCUCGAGGCCCACGCCAACGGGUUCCGGUUCUCAACUUCGAGGGCCGACCAGCGGGUCGACAUCAUGUACGGAAACAUUAAGCACGCCUUCUUCCAGCCAGCCGAGAAAGAAAUGAUCACGCUCGUCCACUUCCACCUCCACAACCACAUAAUGGUCGGGAACAAGAAGACGAAAGACGUACAAUUCUACGUCGAGGUGAUGGAGAUGGUUCAGAACAUCGGAGGCAGCAAACGCUCCGCGUACGAUCCGGACGAGAUCGAGGAGGAGCAGAGAGAACGCGACCGAAAGAACAAAAUCAACACCGAUUUCCAGCAUUUCGUGAACCGAGUCAAUGACCUGUGGGGACAGGCCCAGUUCAAGGGCCUUGACCUCGAGUUUGACCAGCCCCUUCGUGAGCUGGGCUUCCAUGGAGUUCCGUAUAAGGCCUCGGCGUUCAUCGUCCCUACCUCCAGCUGUCUCGUCGAGCUCGUCGAAACCCCCUUUCUUGUCGUGUCCCUCGCCGAUAUCGAGAUUGUCAACUUGGAGCGCGUGGGCCUCGCGCAGAAGAAUUUCGACAUGGCAAUCGUGUUCAAAGACUUCAAACGGGACGAGGAAGAGGAUUCGUCGGACGAGGAGCAAGGGAAGACGUGGGAGGAGCUCGAGAGGGAGGCCAGCAAUGCUGAUAGAGAGAAAGGGAACGAGUCGGAUAGCGAGGAUGAGAGGAGGAGGAGGAAGAUGAAGGCUGCAGGAAAGGGACGGGCUGGGCCGGGCAGCUCUGCUGCCGCCAAGCGGCCCAAGUUUAGGUGA